CCGCGGCUGCGGCUGGCGGGGCCGCGGGGGCCCGCCGGCGAGGGCCGCCUCGAGGUGCUCUACCGGGGCCGGUGGGGCACCGUGUGCGACGACGGCUUCGACUUCCACGUGGCCACCGUGGCCUGCCGGCAGCUGGGCUACGCCGCCGCCGUCACCUGGACCCACAGUGCCACCUACGGCCAAGGGGAAGGCCCCAUCUGGCUGGACAACGUGCAGUGCGCGGGCGGCGAGGCCUCGCUGGCCGACUGCGCCCACAACGGCUGGGGCGUGAGCGACUGCCACCACGGCGAGGACGCCGGCGUGGUGUGCUCGGGACCGCGCCAGCCCCACGGCGCCCCCGAGGCCCCGGCCCCCGAUCUCCUGGCAGAGGCGCCGGGGCUGAGCCUGGAGGAGGUGCGCCUCAAGCCCAUCCUGGCCCGGGCCAAGCUGAGCGCGCCGGUGACGGAGGGCGCGGUGGAGGUGCGGCACGCCGGGCGCUGGAGGCAGGUGUGCGACGCCGGCUGGACCAGGAACAACAGCCGCGUGGUGUGCGGCAUGCUGGGCUUCCCCGGGGAGAAACGCGUCAACACCAACUUCUACCGGAAGCUCUGGAACACGAAGCUGAAGGACCCCAGCUCCAGCCUGAGGAACCUCAGCCGGCAGAACUCCUUCUGGGUGCACCGGGUGCAGUGCCGGGGCUCGGAGCCCCACCUGGCCCGCUGCGCCGCCCACGUGUCCCCGCCUGCCCCCCGGCAGCCCGCCUGCCCCCGCGGCAUGCACGCCGUCGUCAGCUGCCUGCCCGGCCCGGCCCCCCCGGCGGGCAAGCCGCCCCGCGGGGCUGCCUCGGCAAAGGGUGUGCCGGUGCGCCUGCGGGCCGGCGCCCACGCCGGCGAGGGCCGCGUGGAGGUGCUGCGCGACGGGCAGUGGGGCACCGUGUGCGGCAAGGGCUGGGACCUGCUGGCGGCCAGCGUGGUGUGUCGGCAGCUGGGCUACGGGACGGCCGAGCAGGCGCUGGUGGGAGCCCAGAUGGGCCAAGGCCUGGGGCCCAUCCACAUGAGCGAGGUGCGCUGCGGCGGCCACGAGCGCUCCCUGGGCGAGUGCCGCUUCCGGGACGCCGAGCAGAGCGGGUGCCGGCACGAGGACGACGCUGCCGUCCGCUGCCACGUGCCCCGCACGGACUUCCGGAGCCAGGUGCGGCUGGCCGGGGGCCGCAGCCCCGAGGAGGGCGUCGUGGAGGUGCUGGUGCCGGUGCGGGGGACGCCGACGUGGGGCGCGGUGUGCGGCGCUCAGUGGGGGCUGAACGAGGCCAUGGUGGUCUGCAGGCAGCUGGGGCUGGGCUUCGCCAGCCAUGCCCUCCAGGAGACCUGGUACUGGGCCGGCAGCCCCGAGGCCUCCGAGGUGGUGAUGAGUGGGGUGCGCUGCACCGGCACCGAGCUGGCCCUCCAGCAGUGCCAGCGCCACGGCCCCGUGCACUGCCCCACCGGCGGGGGCCGCUUCUCGGCGGGGGUCGCCUGCACCGCCCGCGCCCCGGACCUGGUGAUGAACGCCCAGCUGGUGCAGGAGACGGCCUACCUGGAGGACCGCCCGCUGGAGAUGCUCUACUGCGCCCACGAGGAGCGCUGCCUCUCCCAGUCGGCCGACCGCAUGCAGUGGCCCUACGGCCACCGGCGCCUGCUCCGCUUCUCCUCGCAGAUCCACAACCUGGGCAGAGCCGAUUUCCGGCCCCGCACGGGCCGGCACGCCUGGACCUGGCACCAGUGCCACCGGCACUUCCACAGCAUCGAGGUCUUCACCCACUACGACCUGCUGACGCUCAACGGCUCCAAGGUGGCAGAAGGCCACAAGGCCAGCUUCUGUCUGGAAGACACCAACUGCCCCGAGGGGCUGCAGCGGCGCUUUGCCUGCGCCAACUUCGGUGAGCAGGGCGUGAGCGUGGGGUGCUGGGACACGUACCGGCACGACAUCGACUGCCAGUGGGUCGACAUCACCGACGUGCCGCCCGGCAGCUACACCUUCCAGGUUGUGGUGAACCCCAUGCACGAGGUGGCCGAGUCGGACUUCUCCAACAACGUGAUGCGGUGCCAGUGCAAGUACGACGGGCAGCGCAUCUGGAUGCACGGCUGCCACACAAGCGAUGCCUACGGCGCCGACGUGGUCAGCGAGCUGGAGCGACGGGAGCGCCUGGCCAACAACCUCGUGUGA